CUGACAAAGCAGCAUAAAACUUGACUAUCAACAACCACUAGCUCCCGGCAUCAGAAUUGCCGUUAUCGACGAUGCCAAUCAUGAAUUUAUAUCGUGCAUCCAAUCCCUGAAAAGAACAGCAAUGCCUCCAGCAAAAGAAUCACCCGGCUGGACAGCCAAGAGGGUAUAUCUCCUCGCCUACAACGCAACCUGCGCGCUCCUCUGGCUCCGCAUUCUGCUGUCAAUUAUCAGCAUCCUCCUAUCCCAAACCGACACCGCCAAUCCCAAUCCCUCCAUCCCGAUCUUAGUCUAUACCACCGUUGAGCCAUGGGCUCGAUGGACUCAGACCCUCGCCGUUGCGGAGAUUCUCCACGCUGCUACGGGCCUCACCCGCAGCCCCGUCCACACAACCUUCACGCAAGUCUUCGCCCGCUCCGUCCAAGUCUGGGCCAUCAACUACGGGUACCCAGACGUCAUGGCGAGUUCGCUCCCCGUGUACACGGCCAUGCUCGUAGCCUGGUCCACGGCUGAUGUCAUCCGCUACCUGUAUUUCGUGAUCAUGUCUGCCGGGCUUCUAAUCCCGGGGUGGUUGAAGUGGCUGAGAUAUUCACUCUUCGUCAUCUUGUAUCCCAUUGGAAUCGGCGGCGAGUGGUGGUUGAUGUUUGGGGCCGCGCGUGCUGCGAGCACGGGGUUGCUGCUUGAGUGCGUUUGGUAUUUCUGUCUUGCGCUUUAUGGCCCUGGCUCUGUGAUGAUGUAUGGCUAUAUGCUUAAGCAGCGGCGUAAGACUUUGGCUAGAGCUUGAGGUCUGUCCUCGCUUGGUUGGAGUGCGUGUCUUGGUUGAUAUGGUGGAUCUCAUAACCGGUUGGAUUGCCCUUUUUGGGCCUGACAUUACGGCUCGUCCCUUUCUUCCAUUACGGCAUGGAUUGAUUUAUCCACUGCGCAGGAAAGUC